AUGGCGGGAGGUCGAGUGAUUGAAUUCUACUUCUCUUUUGUUUCCCUAUGGUCCUACAUCGGCAGCCGUCGCUUCCAGCAGCUUGUUCAGAAGACUAAUUCGCAUGUCAUCUUCAAGCCAGUCGAUUUGAUGCACAUAUUCUCAAUAUCUGGUGGCCUUCCUGUGAAGCAGCGCGCAACACAACGACAAGCCUAUCGAAUUAUUGAAAUGGAACGCUGGCGAAAGAUCCACGACAUUCCUCUCGUUCUGUAUCCAAAGUAUUAUCCUGCAGACCCAUCUCUUGCGCAUCGCGUUCUACUUGCAGCCAUAGAUGAGAUUGGCCAUGACAGUUCUCUAGUACAAGACUUUGUACACAAAGGACUUGAAGCAGUCUGGGCUAGAGAGCUUGAUAUCGCUAGCCCGGAAAUCAUCGUUCAGCUGGCAGACGAGGCCGGUCCUGAGGGAAGUCGACUGCUAAAACGAGCUCAAUCCGAAGCACACUUCGCACAGGCCGAAGAGUCCUUGACAAAGGAAGCAGAAUCGAGAAAGGUUUUUGGCGCACCUUUUUAUUUCUACCAAGAUGAGCCCUUAUGGGGUCAGGACCGCUUGGAAAUGUUGGAAGAUAUCAUUCAAAGUGGCAGAGGCCCGAUUCGGUCUUCUGAGACAGAGUGA